AUCUGAUCCAACCUCUUUAUUUAGAGAUCAGGAAGCUAAAGUUAAAUCACUUGCUCAAGAUGAUGAUGCUCCAGCAGUAGCAGAGCUGGGCCCUGAACAUGUCUCCUGUCUCCUGACUUGUUCUUCCCAUCAAGUCCCAUAGUGCUGCAAAAAUCUCAUCUGAUAUGUACAAGUUAAAUGCAAGAAGCCCCAUCCCCAACUGACAUUUGGUACCCCCACUGUUGGCAACUGAAGUGCAUCUCCAGGAGGGCAAAUUAAGGCUUCCCGUUCUGAAAGUAAAGUGAUACCUCCUCCCUAUGUAAACUGCCUCCACUUUGCCGGUCCCUGGAUAGAAAGAGCACGAUGCCCACCAGGAAGAGCUGAUGUUCCAGUAAGAUCCGUGUGCCGGUUGGUUGGCGGUCCUCCGUGACUUCCUCCUGUGUUCAUUACAACUGCUCCCCCACCCCACUUAAAUGCCCGGCUCAUUAGAGCUUUGGGAAACGACCACUAUAAGUGGGGCCCACCUUGAUUUCCUGGAGUCCCCAGGGGAACCAGCACUAGACGGGAUGCCAGUUCUCUGGUGCCCUGGACAAAUGUUGGAAACGCUACCAGUCCCGAUAGCUGGUGGCUGUGUAGCCCGGGCCUCUGUCCCCGUGCCCUGCAGAUGACAGGCAGGCCCGGGAGGGGAGGGGCAGGAGGCGUGUCCGCACCCCGCCUGGGGGUGCUGGAAGGCGGGGCGGGGGCGGCCUCAAAUGAAGGGUGAGUUUUCGUUUCCCCAAAGCCGAGAACUAGAACUUCCCCGGAGUCCCAGAUCUGCCCGGAGCGCCUGGCUCCCUCCUCCGAUGCAGCCGCCCCCCGACUCAACCUUCUAAGAACUGUCUCAGACGUAGAUCCCUCGGCCUCCUCACUUACACUACGGUCGCCCCUCCCAUCCCAGGUCCAUGGGUUUGGAAGCUGCCUCUUCUAGGCCCAUGGAGACACUUGUCUUCAUGGACCUGGAGGCCACAGGACUGCCCUUCUCUCAGCCAAAGGUCACGGAGCUGUGCCUGGUGGCCAUCCACAGACACGCCCUGGAGGGGCCCCAACCUGCCCCUCCCACAGGGGGCUCUUCCCAGGUGCCACUGCCACCUAGGGUGGUCGACAAGCUUUGUGUGUGUGUGGCACCGGGGAAGGCCUGCAGCUCAGCAGCCAGCAAUCUCACUGGCCUCAACACAGCCAUGCUGACUGCCCAUGGAAGGCGAAGGUUUGACCCCGGCCUCGUUGGCCUGCUGCAGGCCUUCCUUCAGAGGCAGCCACCCCCGCUCUGCCUUGUGGCCCACAACGGGGACCGCUAUGACUUCCCCCUGCUGCAGGCCGAGCUGAGCGGGGCCGGCCUAGGCACAGAUGCCCUCACAGGCGUCUUCUGUGUGGACAGCAUCGCAGCCUUGAGAGCCCUGGACCGCUCAGGCCCACCCCGAGAAUCCGGCCAAAGGAAGAGCUACAGUCUGUGUAAUGUCUACACCCGCCUAUAUGGCCAGGCCCCACCGGACACCCACACGGCUGAGGGUGACGUCCUUGCUCUGGUCAGCAUCUGCCAGGCCAGGCCCCAGCCACUGCUGCACUGGGUUGACACCCAUGCUAAACCCUUCAGCAGUGUCAAACCCAUGUAUGAAGUGGCAUCUGUGACUGAGCAGGGGGCUGCCUAUGAUACAGGGCCAAAGACUGAACUCCAGAAGCUACGGACAGCCACCAACCUGGCCACAUCAGGGGAUAGCAGCCCAGCUAUCAGGAAGAGGAGAGGUAGAUCAGAGGCUCCCUCCUCCUCCCAGGGCAGCCCUAGGACCUCUUAUUCGAACCUGUCCCAUCUGCUGGCAAUGCUGGGCCCCCUGGUCAUCCUAACCACGGCAGUAGCUCUGUACUGGGUACCCUGGUCAUCCUAACCACAUCAUUGGCUUUGGGGGGGGGGGCAGUCCAGCUGGCACUGAUGGGUCCUCCAAGGGAGGAGCUCAGGGAUAUGUUGUAAAACAGACUUAAAUAAAAAUUAGAGCACUUGCUCAGACUCCCACCACAG